GGGUUCCUGUUUGACACGUAUUUGACUUAGCGUGCCUAUGUAACAAUUGUGCUCCUUACAGCCUUGAGUGGUUUGCAAGUGUUGGGCGUUCAGAGCGUAUAUAAAAGUGCUACUACAACAUUUAAGCGGUCAUGGCGGGAAUACAAGUAGACCCCAAAGAGAUUUUGAAGGGUGAGGAGUUUCUAUUGGGGAAGGAUGGUGGACUUUGCAGCCUGGAUGGAGUACCAGGGAUGGUCAGCCUCAUGGAAGCUUCUACUGAGAUGGUCAAUCGGUCUAUGUACCUGGAAAUUCUACUUCACACGAACUGUCGUAAUAUUUUUAACAGGUUCAUCAGAGUUGGUGGCUACAGGCUGCUAAACUCAUGGCUCACCUACUCCAAAGCCACCAACAACACUUCUCUGUUACAGCUCGUUCUGCUCACUCUGCAGAAGUUACCCCUCAAAGUUGUCCAUCUUAAACAGAACAACACAGCAAAGUUGGUCAAGCAGCUCAGUAAAAGUGCAGAGACUGAAGAAUUGAGGGAGUUAGCAUCCAUGCUCGUCGCUAGCUGGAUGGAAACAAUUCGCUCCCAGAGUGCAUCCAGCAGUGCCAACAGUCCCACCGAUAAAAGGAAGAAGAAAGAAAAUGACAAGGUACAAGAUCAAGAUGUACAGAACGAGAGUGGAGAUGAGGAGAAGAACAAAGACCAGGCUAUAUCUGACUUGUCCAACCAUGCAAAGAUUCGGACCUUAGAGAUAGAAACAUUAAUCGGCACCUCUAAUAAGCUGGAAAACAAGCACAUCAAGCCUCCAGUUCUCAAGAGGUCAAGCUCUGGUCCAUGUGAUGCUGCGCCACUCAAAAAGAAUUUCAGACCUCAUACACUCUCAUCCGAUUCUGCCACAGAGAUCAUUCCAGCCCAUCCAGACAAGCCGAAUUCUUUGUCAGAACCUCGUGGACAAGAACAUUUGAACCAAAAGAGCAAGAAGAAGAAGAAGAAGAGUGUUCACUGGGCUCAGGAGGAGCAGCUUAAACAAUACUUCUAUUUUGACCUGGAUGAGACAGAGAGGGUGAAUGUCAAUAAGAUCAAGGACUUUUUUAAGACCCGUGAACAUGAGUUGACACUGAUGAGGGCCUGUCGGCUCUCCCAUGAUACCACAGAGGAGUGGGUCCACUGGACACCCGUCAGGUCUCUGACAUUGCCUGGCGGUCUGGUCACCCCUGGGGCCAACAGCACAGAAGAACUCACCCAGCAGGAGCGUGAAAUGGGCAUCUUACAGGAGAGCUUCCUCAGUAAAGAGAGUGUGCCAAUUCUCAGCCUUAUGAGCCCAUGCGACCCCACCUCAUCCCUUUGGAUGAGGGUCACGGGUGAGCAGGAGCCUCUCCCAGCUGACGUUGAGUGAGAGCCAUGGUGCCCCCCGGACUGGUAGCCAGCCAAUCAAAGCAUUGGGAAUAAUGAAAAUUGAAUGAAUCUGUCAACAGGGUCAAACUGUCGCCAUCAUAAAACCUUUAUUAAUUGCACAGGCAACUUGACGUCAAAUGUGUCAUAUGUGAUACUUGCGUUAGCUUUGAGAUAGCACUAUUGUGCACCAACUACAGAGGGAUCAUACUCCUCAGCCUUCCUGGUAAGGUCUAUUCAGGGGUUCUGAAGAGGAGGGUCAGUUGGGAAGUAAAAUCUCUGAUUCAGGAGGAGCAGUCUGGUUUGGCCGUGGAACAAUAGACAAGCUCUACGCCCUCAGCAGGGUCCUUGAGGGCGCAAGGGAGUUCCCCCAACCAGUCUAUAUGUGCUUUGAGGACUUG